UGGGCCAUGACCCGGCUGAUGUUGGGCCGGACUCUGGAGCGCAUCUGUAAAGGCGUCCUGCUGCUCUGCCUGCUCCACUUCCUCAUCAUGAUGAUCCUGUACUUCGACGUCUACUCCCAGCGCUUCGACCUCUUCAGCCGCUUCAACAACGGACGCAACGGAUCCAGGAAUAACGGGAGCGGAGCGGCGGGGAGCGGGCAUCAUUACUACUAUUACAACCUGUCCCGGCCCAACGUGACGUUAGCCAGCUACCUGGCCACGGGGGAGCAGCUGGUGCCGAGCGCCAGGCCGGAGACCAAUCACACGCCUUCCCCCAAGCCGCUGCCGCCGUGCCCUGAGAUCCCCCCCGGCCUGGUGGGGCGUCUGCUGAUCGAGUUUAGUUCCCAGAUGACCAUGGAGCGAGUGCAGAAGGAAAAUCCCAACGUGACAAUGGGGGGCCGCUACACGCCCCCUGACUGUCGGCCCAGAUGGAAGGUGGCCAUUAUCAUCCCGUUCCGCCACCGGGACAACCACUUAAAGUACUGGCUCCACUACCUCCACCCUAUCCUCAGACGACAGAGGAUCGACUACGGCAUCUACAUCAUCAACCAGUUGGGUGAGGACACCUUCAACCGUGCCAAGUUGUUGAAUGUCGGCUACACGGAGGCUCUGAAGGACGCGGAGUACGACUGCUUCAUCUUCAGCGACGUGGACCUGAUUCCUAUGGACGACCGCAACCUCUACCACUGCUACGACCAGCCGAGACACUUCGCCAUCGCCAUGGACAAGUUUGGCUUCAGACUGCCCUAUGCAGGCUACUUCGGAGGGGUUUCAGGCCUGAGUAAAAAACAGUUCCUUAAGAUCAACGGCUUCCCCAACGAGUACUGGGGCUGGGGAGGGGAGGACGACGACAUCUACAACAGGAUCACUCUGAACGGCAUGAAGGUGUCCAGGCCAGACGUUCGGAUCGGCCGCUACAGAAUGAUUAAACACGAGAGAGACAAACACAACGAGCCCAACCCACAGAGAUUCAAUAAAAUACAGAACACGAAGAACACAAUGAAGAGGGAUGGCAUCAGCUCCCUGACCUACAGACUGGUUCAGGUCAAGCGGUUCCCUCUCUACACAAAUAUCUCCGUGGAGAUCGGCAAGCCCCCACCCAGGCCCUUCAAGGGCUGAGAGAGGGAGCGAGAGAGGAGGAGAUGAGAGAUGUUGAGUGGUGAGAGGGAAGGAGAGAGAGAGAGAGAGAAAGAGAGAGAGAGCGAGCGAGCAGAGGAACCAUGUGUGUCAGACAUCUGGAAAGACGUAGGAGGGAAGGAUGAUGGCGAAGGAAGAGGACUCAC